AGGUCCUCAUUUUUUCUUGACUCAUCGAAAAAAAUGGUGAAGAAAGAGGCAGCUAAAAGCACUAGUGGUGGUAAAAACAAGAAAAAGAAAUGGUCUAAAGGAAAAGUCAAGGAUAAGGCGAAUAAUGCCGUAGUUCUUGACAAAGCCACAUAUGAUAAAUUAUUCAAAGAAGUUCCAACUUAUAAAUUGAUCACUCCUUCUGUAUUGGUUGAUCGACUUCGUGUUAAUGGUUCUUUAGCUAGAGUUGCUAUACGUGAGUUAGAAGAAAAAGGUUUAAUUCGCAAGAUAUCCACUCAUGGUUCACAACUCAUUUACACUCGUGCUACUGCUACAGCUGCAAUGGACAAGCCCGAGUCAUAAUAUUUUAAUGUCAAUAUAUUCAAAUUCGUUUUAUUUUUUUUCUUUUAUAUUUUUAUUGUUUUUUUUUCUUUUUAAGAAACAAUGAAAUUAAUUUCAUUUAAAGAAAUGUAUCGGUUUCAUAGUUUAUCCUUAAAAUAAAAUAAAACUUUAUUGCAAAUUUGUAAAA